CGUCACUGGAGCUAAAGAUGCUCCAACUCCUCUUUCUGUGUGACUUUAACAUUAACUUUUACACUGUGGCAAACUUUGGCCACGCCUAGAUCCUGUCCCACUUCCACACUGAAAAAAAAAAAAAAAAAAAAAUUGUUUCUCACAAUCUGGUGCGUUUGUUUGUGUGUCGGCGAGUCCCGGCGGUGUAACCGGAGAGGGGCCUCUCGGAGUAGAGAGAGAGAGAGAGGGAGAGAGAGAGAGGGGGAAUGCAGGACUGCAAUGGAGCACAAUGCAAUACAGUGGUUGGGUGCUCCCUCCUGCCAGCGAGGCAGCUAUGCCUUCUACAAGUCGGUGAGCAGCAGGGCUCAACCUGAAGGCCCCGUCCAGGUGUGGAAGCUCGGGGAGUUUUACUUCAUCCGCUGUGGGCCACAGGAUCCCGUGUGCAUCGCUGAGGUGACUUUACUGUGGGAGGACCAGACCCGGCGCCACCUGCUGGCCAGCGCUAGACUCUACUUCCUGCCUGAGGACACUCCCAAGGGACGGACCAGGGAGCAUGGAGAGGACGAGGUUCUGGCGGUGUCCAGGAAGAUGGUGGUGCGGGUGGAGGACCUGGUGCGAUGGUCGUGUGCAGAGCCGGCCGGUUGGACGAGCAGCUCGAAGACGCCUCCGUGUUUGACCAACGGCCUCCACAAACCUCCUAAGAUCACGGACGGCAGCAGCAGCAACGCCCCGGAGAAGAGCAGCGAGCCGCUCAGAGACAAAACUGAGAAUGGCGUGUUGGAGCGUCAGGGCGUCAAAGUGCUCAGCUACCCGCAGUACUGCCGCUUUCGCUCCCUGCAGAGACGCAUCCAGGGCGGAGCCAAGUGGCCGGGGCUGCAGGACCCCCACCUCCUGGCCCUGGGCGGCGUCAAGGUCCUGCCCACCACCCGAGUCAUGUACUGCAGGGACACCUUCAGCCACCCGACGCUGGAGAGCAGCGCCAGCUUCUCCUGGCAGUUCAGAUGUCCGUCUCUCAGUCUUCGAGGACGACCUCGCAAGAGGAGAGGCCGCGACAGCAGAGACUCCCCGACCUCUAGCCAAUCAGAGACCUGGAUCGAGAGGAUGAAGGAGAACGUGAUGGGCAGCGUGGAGGUGGGCUGUGAGGGUGGAUGGCUCCCCGACCCCGAAGAGCAGCUGUUCCUGGAUCAGCUCUACGCCUUCAUGGACCGCCAGGGCUCGCCCAUCCACAAAGUGCCCAACCUGGGCUUUAAGAAGAUCGACCUCUUCCUCAUGUACUCGGUGGUGAAACGGCUCGGAGGCUACAAGAGGGUGACAACAGACCGUAUGUGGAAAGUGGUUUAUAACGAGCUGGGAGGAUGUCCGGGCAGCACCAGCGCUGCCACCUGCACCAGGAGACACUACGAGAGGCUGAUGCUUCCCUACGAAGAACAUCUCAGAGCAGGAGGAGGAGGAGGAGGAGGAACAGGAACAGGAACAACAGAGUUCAAAAUCCCAGAAUCCCCUCUGCCUCCAAAGCCGAGAGGAAUAAGAGGGAGGAGACCAAUUCAGAGAGGCCGAAAACCAGGACCCAAAGCCAGAGUGAAGAAGGUCACCAGCUCUGCUCCUCCUCCUCCUCCUCCUCCUCCGACUAUCCUGAACCCAAACAGCUCCGUGUUGGUGAAGCGAGGCAGAGGCCGACCACCGGGGACUCGGAACAAGGCCACGCUGAUGGCCCAGGCCAGGCUGCUUUCUCUUCCGCGGCCGGUUAAAGGCAAAGCAGCAGCAGCAGCAGCAGCAGCAGCGUCUCGUCAGCAGAGUCCUCUGCUCUCAGCCAAAGGACGAGGUGGACCGACGGCCAGCAGCACACACAGGCCCAUCAAGCCGGCCAUCCUGCCCAUCAACAUGCCCCUCACCCCUGACCUGUCCCCCAUGUCCACCCCCUUCCUCCCCUUCCACCCCAAACCCAAGGAGCUGAAGUCGGAGGCGGGGGAGGCUGCGGCCCCCGCCCCCGCCCCCGCCCCCGCCCCCGCCCCCGGCGGCAUCCUCUCCACUCUGCCUCGCCACUUUGUCGGAGGCUCCCUGAGCGGCUUCAGCCCCAUCAAAGGCGUGUGUCCCCUGGACGUCUUCAGGAGCCGCGUGAGCCUCCAGAGGGGCCCCGAGAGCCCGGCGCUGACUCCCCAAGAUCCGGCCCAGCACCACCCCACCGUCUUCGCUCUGCAGCCCAAGAGCUCCAGCCCGGACGCGCCUCACUCCAGCGGGGUGGAGCAGCUCCAGCCUCAGCCUCACCCGCUAAACCAGCACCACAACCGCUGCUCGGGGUGCAGCGCGGACGAGGGGGGCCAGAGGGGAGGCGGCCGGGACGUCAGGGGCCGCCCCCCGCUGCCGCCGCUCCGCGUCCUGCCCUUGAACCUCGACUGCAGCGUCCAGGUGUGUCAGCUGAUGAGGGCCCGCCGCCUGGACUCGUCCCAGCUGCAGACCUUCACCCGGAGGCUGUCCGAGGCGCUGUCCCAGGACCUGAACGCCAAGCCGCCCUGCUCCCCCAUCACACCUCCCCCCGAGCAGUCGCUGCCCCUCAACCUUAGCAAGCGCUUCCCCGCCAAGAGACCCAGCACCGACGGGCCGGAGCCGAGCCGGGCGGCCGUCAACGGGAGCGCGGAGCAGCCGUCGUCCAAGAGAUCCAGAGGCGGCUUCACGGAGGCGGCCGAUGACGACUUCGGCCCCGGGGGAGGGAGCGCGGGAGGCGGGCAGGGCGCCGAGAUGAAGAACCAGGAGGAACCCGCGGACCUGAGCUCCCCCAGCAGGAUCAGGGCCUUCUUACUGGGGCUGCCCCCCUUCCAGGUGAAACUGGAGGAGGAUCUGAAUGGAAUGAGAUUUGGGAAGUUCCUGCCAUCGUCGGGAUCCGAGGCCGAGAACGGAGAAGGAGCAGCGGAGGAGAAGAAGGAGGCGAAAGAGGAAUGUGAGGCGGCGCUGGUGGCGGUGGAGAAGGAGCAAUGUGAAACAGAGAGAAUCGUGGCCCCGCAGAGCUGAAGAGGCCUCGGCCCUCAAACACUGUUUCUAGCGCCUUUUCAUUCUCACCGCCAUCGAAGUUCUGGCUUAUUUUUUUGGGAAAGUGGAGUUGUAUCCACGACAUCGGCGCCGCUUCCUGACGUCAGAUCUCACUGGGGGUAGCAGGGGGAACAUUUAAACUUAACUCUUAUCUCCUGUUAUUUCCACAGACUCAUGACAAUCACAGAUCAAUUCCUCUGAAAGGCAAAAACAAGAAAAGAAACAGAGGAAUGUGGCUGACUCUUUAACAAACACUGCCUCCAUAACACUAUUAACUGCUCCACUAUUCAAUGUUAUGUUAAAUAUUGAAUAAGAUCCACAGGACUCAAAUCAACAGAACAUCUAUGGGUGAUGCUAUGCAUCGAGAUGUCAUAAUUAGCAUCUAGACUGUACUGUAGUUUGGUAGUUUCAUUUUUAAAUUGUUACUCUACUUCUGUAGAGAGAUAGUUAUUUUCUGAUAAAGUGUUUAGAUGUUAUCUGGAGCUCCGAGCGAGAAGCUCUCUUCCGUCUUCACAUUAUAGCUCGUUAAGUGAAGCGUUUCUAUUAGUCCUGCUCGUUAGCUCAAAUUAUAUAAACCUUUCUUACACAUACGUGCCUUAAACGUCUGCCGACGACUUGCGUCAUCGUUGGGCUCGACUCAUCCGUGCAAAGAGAUACCUUGAUGUUGGACUGGGAAAUAAAAUCAUGUUUUAAUUUAGGAUUAAAUCUAAAGAAAUAUAUCGUCGACAGCCGCUUCUCUUCACCACUACUGCCCCUCAGGUUCAUACGUUAACAUUCAGUCUACCUCAGGUUCUGUUUUUAUUUUCCACCUGCUUUUACUCGUUCCUGCAAUUUCCACACACACACACUCACAGACAUACAUGGACUCCAGGAACCAUGUUAGGAUCAAUUCACAGCCACUAAAUGUGAUUUACUGGACAGUAGAGAAGCUUUUUACGACACUAUACUUGUUAUUCGUCUUUGUCGCGAUCAGAGAAAUGCUGCAGCGUGAAAGCUCAGCGUUAAAUAAAUGUCCUUCCUGUCUCCAUUCAGACCUCACUGUGAGCAGAUCUCGUGUUAGGUGCAAAUUAAUUCACUUAAUGAGCUUUACCUUUGCACAGAAAGGCCUAGAAGUUGCUGUGUUCAUGCUACAAGCAACUAAAGUUAGAAAAAUGGCCGAGCUACGUCAUCAGAGUCAGUGUUGGAUUGACGUCACUGAGUGAUGUCAAGAUUCAAACGCGACUCGCAUUGUUUGUCUGGUGAAACAAACGAAACAAAAAAGUCAAAGCCAGCUUGACUCGUAGCGUCAUUUCACCGCCUCUGGUUUGCUUAGCGCGAAGAGCGGUUACAACUAACCUAGCUUUGCAUUAAAGAUGACAAAAUACACCUGGUUUGUUUAAUCUUUACUAAAAUAUGUGAGAGAAAAAAACAGUAACUUAAACAAAAGGGAUGAAAUCUGUUGAUUAGAGGUCUUCACUGGUUAGUCAGGGUAGCUGUUUACACCUCUUUCCAUUUAUUGUGCUUUGCUAAACUAACCACUUCCUGGUUGUAGCUGCAUGCGUCCGAGAUGAGUGUUUAUUCAAUCUAAAACUGAGAUCUGAUUAUAUUCUGACUGUUAAUGUGUUCAGCUGCGUUUACGUGAGGUUUAAAAAAAAAAAAAAAUACAUCUGACACGGACUGAAGUCUCAAACUCGCAGCACACAACACUGAAACAAAAAGUUUAAAACGUCAAGGUAUCCCUUCCCGGGUUUAUUUCCUGUUGUUUCUCUGCCACAGACGUUGGUUCAGAUUUGCACAGUGACUGUACACGUUUGCUUUUCCAUGUUUAAAAGUCCGCCAUUUUUUUUUUAAUUUUUUAUUUUGUAUUACUUUUUCCUUAGUAGCGGAAUCAACUACGAUGCCGAAAUUUAACUGGUGCUGUUUAUUCUUAGUUUUGUAGCUCUGUAGCCAUAUUUGUUGUUUUUUUGAUAAAGCUGUAAAUCUUGACAGAAGUGGAAAGUUCCUCGCAGCUGAUAAACGUCUCCAGAGAAUUUUAAGAGAAAUAUUUUAAAAGAAAGAACAGGAACUUCUCUUGAAAAUAUUUGCAGUUUUUUUCUUUUUUUUUUUCUUUUUAUUAUUAUUAUUAUUUGACUGUUGGCUUCGUGUGAGGCAGAGCUGGUUGCGAGUGAAUGAGUAGAGAUGACGUGUACUCAGUAGGUUGUAGCCUGGCCGAUGCACCAAAGUUUUCCACCAGAACUUCCUUCAGUUUUUUCAGGAGCUCGCUUCACGUUAUGGAAAAAAUUAUCAUUAACAAAACCUUUACUGCGACGACUCUAUAUUUCCAUCAGUGCAGUAAUGUAUCUCACAGCGAGUCUGAUAUCUUAACUACUGUAUAUAUAACUAGCGUCUCACUCUGCUAUAACCGUCAGAAAAUCUUAUUUAUUGUUUCUUCAUGUCAACAAUCGGAACAGUUCGGGUCUCGUUGUGCUUCAAAGGGACGAGUUUGUACGACAAAGACAAAAGCUGAACUUUUGCUGGACAAUAUUUUCCAUUAACUGCACGUCUUUUAUUUUUUUUGUAGAGAUGAACAUUCAAAUGGACUAAGUGAUAGAAGUCUGUCCGCUCCGCGUGGCUUCUUUCGAGUUAGUUAGGCUGCCCCUACAUUAACCUAUGAUUAACAGAGGACGGACCUGUGCUAUGAUUAGCAUUGUUGUGGUUGUGGUUCCAUCGACCUAUCAACGAAAGUCACAGCAGGUUUGUGCUGUGACCCUCCAAUCAUAAAAAAGCAGAAUACAACCGUUAGCAUUAGCGAGCUUGGAAAAACAAUAAUAAUGAUGGAGAUGUUACCUUCUUCACAAAAUCUUAACUGUAGUUCAUCCUACCUGUCGACAGAAUGUGCAACAAAUUGAGGUUGUUGUUUCUUACCUCGUGUCUGGUAGAAGCUGUUGCUUCAAGUGAAAUAAAAUAAAGAAUAGAAUAAAGAAUUCGACCAUUAGCAUUAGCAAACCUGGAAAACCAGAUAUAGAUAUGCGGCUAAAAUGUUUAUUAUUCAUCCCUAGAGAUGAUUUUAAUGUAUUUUUCUAGUAAAACUCCAAAAAAAAUGUCUUCAUUGACGACGUCUGUCACGUUCUAUAUGAACGACUCAAACGUUUUCCCUUCAGAUAAAAGCCAGUUCCUAUUGAACCAACCUUGGCCCUGACACCCGUUAUAGGAGCUUCCCAUUCAAACCACAACUCCACUGGACCAGUUUUCUUUAAAUCUUCUGAGUAUUUGCCUUAGUUUCUAUAUUUGUUUUUAUUUCCAGCGUGUCUUGUGUGUAGAUAAAGACACGCCUCUGAGUUUAAGAGUAGGGCAGAGCUUCUAGUUUAGGGCCGAACAGCAUGUUAGACCUGUAUGAGAGUUGAAUAGUUUCCUUCUUUAUUUCGUUAUUUAAGCUUAGUUUUUUUUCUUCAAGUAUAAUUUCUUUUGUUUUUUCAAAAUGUUUACAUUUUCUUAUGCAUGUUCAACAGAUUUCUUAUAUCCAGUGUUUUGCACACUACUCCAGCAUCGGUCUUGAACGGCACUGCUCAUUUAUGUAAAGUACUUAAAGUUAAGUGCCUGAUACUUAAAAAAAAAAAAUUUAACUUGAUAUUGUAAAGCGAAUGAAAGUUUAAUUAGCUCAUUAGGCCUUCGUGUCAUUGACUUGAACGGUGGCUCGUGUUGUUGAACUCGAACGCCUCGCGAGCCGUUCGGUUUCACAAAGGAGGAGUUCGUUGGUUUUUAAAGAGGCGAAGGCGGGAAACUCGCUCGGAUUCGAAACCGUCAGAGCCAACUGGACCUACAGGACAACAGGGACACCUGGUGUCCAACCGGAUGGGACGUUCAUGAAGUUAAAUGAUCAAAUUAAAGGCGCCACGUGUCACAUUUUACACAUCUCUGGACUGGUCUCGUAGCACGUAGCAUCCUCACGCACAAAACGGCUCCUGUUCAACAUGAAGCUGAACCUUUGAAAUGUCUCAGUAAAUGGUUAUUGUCCAUUAAUCUGUGGAUAAGUCUCUCACGUAAACAAAUGUUGGGGAAUGGUGAGCAGCUGCAGCCCAAAGAGGAUCUUAAUGAAGUUAACAGAAAGAGGAAAUGACUCAGAUUUACAACUGAAGCUGAAACCAUUUUGUUGCUGGGUUCUGCUCAAGGUUUCUUCCUGUUAAAAGGGAGUUUUUCUUCACCACCGUUGCUUUCAGGCUCUGGAGGUUUCACACCAGAUUUUGUAAAGCGUCUUGAGACAGUUUGUGUUGUUAUCAACGCUAUAUAAAUACAAUUGAACCACACAACCAACAGUUGUUUUCUUGUAAGAAAACUAACACGAUCUUCAGAUUUAUCCACGAACUAAUGUUUCUUAUUAUCGGUUAAACCUUAGAUUAUUCUUUGAGACCUACAUCAGAUUAAUGUUGUCGAUGUUAAAAUGCUGCAUGUGACGCCUUUAUCAAACUCUCGGAUGUUACACACUGAUGAAUGUCUCCGUCACAUCUUCCUGUGAUCUCAUUUUUAAUCAUGUUUGUGUCAUUUUAUUAUUAGUUUAUUUUUUUUUUUAACCCCUUUCCUUGAACUGAACACAGAUCAGCUGUAAGACCGAAGAAUGCGGUUUUCACGAUCUGUUCUUUAACUGUCGGACUUGGACAGGAACGCUUCAUUAAUUCCUGUUGGUUGACACUCGGUUGAUUUGGUGAUCUGCAGCACAAACUCCACUUUUUGUUUCAGUGUCGGGUACCAUUCCAUUUUAACACUGUAUAUUUAUAAUAAAAGUAAUCGGUCAAUAAAA